AAAACAGUGUGACCAGCCUGUGAGCGCCGCGUCGCAUUUUAAUGUUCGCGCCGAAAGAUACGUGAAAUUAACUUUUGUUUAGCUAUUUAAAAUAUAAAAAGCAUUCAAAUGAUGAAAAACGAAGACAAGGGGAUGAUCCUUAAGCGUUUCAUUGAGAACUGUCAAAUGCUAAAAAUUGAUCAAAGCAUUUGGCAAAAAGCGACCAAAACAUUUCACAAACUAAACGCAGAUGGCGUGCUGUCCAGCGAGGCCGACGACUGGCUAUGCUGCGCCAUAUACAGUGAGCUGCAGCAGACUAAAAUGAAGGAUAUGCGCCAGGAAGAAGACACCACCAGCAGGAGCGAUAACGAUCUCGAGCCAUGGGAAAAGAAGACGCGUUCCAAUAGCUGGAACAUUUCGCUGACCCAAUUGCUGCGCAGCUUCAACAUUAAUAUUACCAAGUUUCUGAAGAGAAUGGAACACUGGAAUUGGAUAGCGCAGAGCUCUGAAGUGUUUCAGCAGGAAAUCAAUGAUCUGGAGAGACGUCUCGGUAUAACUCUGCUCCUGCAACAACACUACAAACGCAUUUUCAACCAACUCUAUGUACAACCAUCGACUGCAGAGAGUCGGGCGCACUAUCAAAUGCUAUAUGAAUUUGGCUGGCUGCUGUUUCUGGUGGUGCGCAACGAGCUACCGUCGUUUGCAACCACCAACAUUGUCAAUGGCUGUCAGGUGCUCGUUUGUACCCUGGAACUGGUCUAUGUUAACGCGCUUGAAGUGCACAAAUCGGACGUAAUUAACACUUCAUUUGUAGGUGUACCAUCAAAGUGGAGCGACAAUGAAUUCGACACCGAUAUGCUACUCAAGUACAGUGCCUUGGAUGCCAUAUGCGGACUCAUACCGGAGCUGCCGGUAAAAGGAGCUCGAAUCAUGAAAAAUGCCUUCUUCCAUAAGGCUGUGAUGGGCUUGUUUAUGGAUCAACGUCUGCUGGGCAACGAUCGUGCUAUGCGCGAAUUGGUCAAGGACGGCAUAUUGGAAGUGAACUUAACGUCUCUAAAUCGGAGUUACGCCGUACACGUAUCAGACAUCAGUGAGAUUGACGAACGCAUUCUACUAAAACCCACAACAUAUUCCUCCACUGAGAAGCUUGCGCUGAGAGAAACGGAAAAGCGAAUUAAUGAAAAUGAAGCCGAUCGCAAGAUUAUCUCUCUGCUAACAAACGCCACGCAGCGCGAUAAUCUUACGAAGCUGUUAACUGAUGGACUGCCUCAAUCCCUGCCUGUCUACAUAGGCGGCACCCUGGGCAAGGAGGAUGUGAGUCGCUUGGAGAAUUCGCUUCGUGAUAUGUGCCAUAAGCUUGAGCUCAAAUCGCCCUUGAAGCAAGACACAACUGAAUGCCGCUUUAACCUGGUCAGAGGUUUGUACUAUGUCCUGCUGGACAAGAUCAUCGGCGCCGAGCUACGUCGCAGGCCCUCAAUCAAAAUCGCACAAAUGCUGAAGCAAUUGCAGCGCACCUUCAAUGCAACGCUGAUUGCCUGCUGCCUGGAGCUGGUGCUGCACAUCUUCGGGACGGACGAGACACAGACUAAGUUUCCCUGGGUGUUGAACUGCUUUGGUAUCGAUGCUUACGAGUUCCAAAAGAUAAUCGAGCUGGUUGUGCGGCAUGAAAGCGGUUUGCUGACACGUGAUCUGAUCAAGCACUUGCAGGAGAUCGAGACCCAGUGUCUGACCAAACUGAUCUGGCAGAAGAGCUCGCAGCUGUGGCGCUAUGUGGACAGUGCAGGUCUGCCCAGAUUUCAGGAUGUGCAGUCGAGCUUGGGCCAAGAAAAUGUCAAAUUUGCCUCUGGCUCAGUGACAAUUUGCCUGCGUAAAUUCUACCAUGUGGCCAACCAGCGGCUGACAUAUCUUUGCAAGUGUCUAUCAUUGGUGACCAGCUACACACAGAUUUGGCACAUUUUGGAGCACUCUAUCAUUGUGCAUGGCGAAGAGCUGCUGCAGCAGCGCCACCUCGACCAGCUGCUGAUAUGCGCCAUCUACCUGUGGGGGCGCAAGUCGCACCUGCGCAUCACCUUCAGCGACAUUAUUCAACAGUACCGACGCCAGCCCCAUGCCGACAGUGCCAUCUAUCGGGCCGUAUACUGUGCCGAUGGACAGCCCACCACGGAUAUCAUCAGCUUCUACAAUCGAGUCUAUAUUCCACUCAUGGCCGACUACGCUUUUGCCCUCCAAUGCGGGCAAUCUGAUGCUGCAAAGGAAACUGCUGCGACCAGUCGGCCCCUGCAGGAGCUCAGCGGCAACAACAAGCGCCGCCUCAAGAGCAACGUCACUGUCUCGCCGGCAGCAAUGCCCCGCAUCUGCAUGGCCAACGACUGCAAGGCCAAGAUCAUAAGUGACCGUGAGGCAACCCCGAAGAAUCUGAAACGCGCCCAUUCCAACGAUGAGCUGGGUCACCCAGUAUCCAGUAAACGACCGAACAUACUCAGACGACGCACAACCUUUCUCUGAGAACCGGAUCCGGUCAUCAGUCAGCACUAAAAUGUUAUUUCUUGUUACGCGCAACAUCGCUACCCCUCAGUGUUUUCACUAUGGUACAUUAGGUUAGACUUAAAGUUUUUAUGAAUGAAUUUGAAUUGUAUUAGGUAUUACAGACCUAUUUAGAGCACUCUAUAUUAUAUUGCAUUUGCAAUAUUAGAUCUUGAAUUUUGAAUAUUAAACCCACGCAUAAUGGACACUUGAAUUACGUCUAUCAAG